AUGGAGCACAGAUUGCAGAGACACACAGGAAGAGGAGUCCGACAGGGCCCGUGCAGAGAUGGAGCUGAUAGUGCUGUCAGGGGGUAUUUUGGUUCUUCCGGUCUUCGUCUUCAUCGCCUCCUUUCUGUUCUGGCCUGGAUCUCUCCUUAAGGCCUACAACUGGUUCUGGCGUCAGAGGCUCGGGCUGCUGGUCCGCUACUCGCACUGCGGAAACUACCGCUUCUGUUACAGCAGCCGCGGGACGCCGCGGGACGCCACGCCGACGCUGCUGCUGCUGCACGGCUUCUCCGCCUCCAAGGACAUGUGGCUGCCCGUCGUCAAUCACCUCCCCAGAGACCUGCACGUGGUGUGUGUGGACAUGCCGGGACACGAGGGGACGAGUCGCACCGGCGCCGAGGACUACAGCAUUCAGGGUCAGGUGACCCGUGUCCACCAGUUCGUGCAGAGCAUCGGUCUGGACAAAAGACCCUUCCACCUGGUGGGCACGUCGAUGGGCGGGAACGUGGCUGGCGUCUACGCCGCCCGCUACCCGGCUCAGCUCUCCGGCGUCACCCUGAUGUGUCCGGCAGGUCUCGUUUAUCCGACGGAAACAGAGUUCAUCCGGCGUCUGAGGGAGCUGGAGAACACUCCGCAGGUGGAGUCCAUCCCUCUGAUCCCCUCCACUCCUCAGGAGCUGGAUGACAUGUUGAAGCUCUGCUGCUACACCCCCCCCAAACUCCACCGACAGGUCAUGCAGGGUCUCCUCGACAACAGGAUCCCUAACAAUGAAUUCUACAAAGAAGUGUUCAUGGAGCUCGUCGGUGAAAAGUCUCGUCACCUGCUGCAGGACAACCUGCAUCUGAUCACAUCGCCCGUGCAGGUCGUCUGGGGGACGGAGGAUCAGGUGUUGGACGUCUCGGGGGCGGCGGUGCUGGAGGCGCGGCUGCCAAACUGCCAGGUGACGCUGCUGGAAAAGUGUGGCCACUCCGUGUCGUUGGAGCGGCCCAGGAAAACCGCCAACCUGAUCAUGGACUUCAUGUCUGCGCAGGAAGUCGGCUGUGAAAACUCCAAGAAACUUUCCUGAAGGAAGAAAACGUACAACCGUGUUAUUUGUGAUGAUGAUGCUGUUUUAUAGUUGGAUAAAAAUGUUUUUAACAUCUGUGAACAUCAGAUGAAUGCCCAAAAGCGGGACGGACAGUCGAUUACACCUGAAAUCUUUGGACAUGGCAGCAAGAAAGGAGGCUGUAGUUCAGUAUGUUGAAUGAAAAAC